AUGCGUUCGGCGACGACGCGGGACGCCGGACGAUUUCACGAGUACGCAGCUCGAAGAGAGGCGAGAGAUUUAGAGUUCGCAAACGAGCGCGCGACGUUUUGGAUUCAACCCGGAACGCACGAGCUCUUGGAUGCGGACGCGGAUUUGUCCACGGGAGAGUACGCGCCGCCUGCGGAGGGAUACGUGAGGAUUGGAGGCGUCGAGGUGCGACGACGAAGCGAGACGGACACGAGUCCGAGCAGACGAACGAAAGGGCACGCGAUGAUUUACACCGAGAGUGCGCGACAAAAUUUAGCCGCUGUCGCGCUCGCGCUAUGUCAAAACCGACCCGUCUUGCUCGAGGGUCCGGCGGGGUGCGGUAAGUCCGCGGUCCUCGAGGAAGUUGCGCGCCUCACGGGUAACGAUGAUUUCGUCACACUUCACCUCGACGCGCAGACGGAUUCAAAGUCGUUGCUCGGGGCGUACGUUUGUGGCGCUGCCCCGGGUGAAUUUAAGUGGCAACCCGGUGCGCUGACGCAGGCGGUGGUUCGGGGUGUGUGGGUGCUCAUCGAAGACAUCGAUCUCGCGCCUUUUGAAGUUUUAUCUGCAUUGGUGCCGCUCUUGGAGAAACGCAAGCUCUACGUCCCCGGACGCGGCGAGAGCGUGCAAGCAGCGCCUGGAUUCCAGCUUUUCGGAUCGGUCACGACCGAGGCAGGACGAUCGGCGUCAUCGAGCGCAGAUCCACUCUCGGGAUUGUGGACGCGCGUCGUUGUCGAGCCGCCACGUGGCGACGAGGCGACGGCGAUUCUGUGCGGAUCGUAUCCAAAUUUGGCUCCUCUCGCGCACACAAUGCUCGCGACCGUUCGUCAAGUCCAGACUUUGUGUGGGCAAGGAGGCGCAAUCGCGGGUGAAGCUGCGGGAUUGGGUGCGAUUUCCGAUCAAGACGUGGUCAUUCAAGAAGCUACGGGCGACGCAAGAGACGCGGAGCGCGCUGCGAGUGGAUUAGAGGCGCAGGCGAGCGAUGCAAAUCACUCGCUCGCUCGCGUGCACGCCGGCAGGCCUUUCACUCUGCGAGAUCUCCUUCGAUGGGCUCGACGAAUCGCGACACUCCGUUCGCACGAGCUCGCUUUGCUUCGAGCCGACAAGGCGGCACCGCCGCAACUCAGAGCGGCUGCAUACGGCGAGGCGGCGGACCUUCUCGCAGGCAUGUUACCGGCGGGGCCGGGUCGGCGCCGCGUAUUGAAGAUGAUCGCCGCCACUUGGGGACUUCCGGCGGAGGACACUGCCGACGCGACGGAUCGCUUGCAUAAACCAACGAUUCAAGAAGGACACCAAUCGGUCGCCAUCGGCCGAUGCCUGCUCCCCGUCGGGGCGAGGAACUUAAAGGGUGCGAAGUGGUCGAGAACCGGACACGCAAUGAGGCUCCUCGAGCGUGUGGCGGCGGCUGUGCAACUAAAUGAGCCCGUGUUAUUGGUGGGUGAAACGGGGACCGGUAAGACGGCACUGAUACAAGAGCUCGCCCGACUCACCGGUGCACCGCUCACCGUCGUCAACUUGAGUAACCAGUCUGAAUCUGCUGACUUUCUCGGCGGUUUCAAGCCUGUCAAUGCUCGGCACUUGUGUCUUCCAUUACUUCCAAAGUUUCACAGUGCGUUCAACAAGACGUUUCCUUCGGCAUCGAACGCAGAGUUUCUUACUAGGAUUGCGCGGUACUCAGAGAAGCGCAAGUGGGCCCAUCUCCUGCACGCAUUCCGAGCCGGUGUUGAACGCGUCGCGAAGCUGGCCGCGGAGGCUGUGAAAGAAAGUAAGAUCAAUACCUCUGGCUAUGAAAAGGCGAAUAAGCGCAGGAAGACAUCGAGCGCUCUUCCCGAUGAUCUCAUCGAGGCUUGGAGAGAUUUUGAGCGAGAUCUCAGCACCGUGGAACACUCUAUAAAUGCGAGCAAGAAUGGAGGUCCGGUGUUCGCAUUCGUCGAGGGAGCGCUGGUUACCGCACUGCGCGAAGGACAUUGGAUUCUGUUGGAUGAGAUAAACUUAGCUCCGGCGGAGACGCUCGAGCGUCUCGGGGGUGUACUAGAAAGUGAGAGCGGCAGCAUCGUGCUAAGCGAGCGCGGAGACGGCGAGCAGAUUCCGCGACAUCCUCGUUUCCGACUCUUCGGUGCGAUGAACCCCGCGACGGAUGUGGGUAAGCGCGAUCUUCCUUCGGCACUUAAGCACAGAUUUGUCGAAAUCUACGCCGGGGAGACAGAGAGCAGAGAAGAUCUGGCCAUGAUUGUAGACGCAUACUUGCACGGCGUUCCGGGAGUACAAGUUGACGAUAUCGUCGAGUUUUACAUGGCUGCGCGUCAAGCAGCGCACACGACUUUGCUUGAUAGCGCCGACCAAAAGCCACAAUAUUCAUUGCGCACACUUUCUCGCGCUUGCGAGUACGUACGUGCGGCCGCUGGAAUAUAUGGGGUUCAACGUGCACUGUUUGAUGGCUUCGCGAUGUCGUUCUUGACUUUGCUUAAGACGGAAAGCGGCGUUACGCUUGAGAAGCUGAUGAUCAAGCAUCUACUUCGAGGAACCGCUUUGAAGGCUGUGAAAAAUCCACCAAAUCCACCGGCCGGCGACACACACGUUUUAUUAGAGCACUUCUGGGUCGAAGCGGGAGAUCUUUCCCGAAUUAGUCCCGAAGAGGGAAAGUACGUCGUCACGGAAACCGUCAAGAGGCAUCUGUCCAAUCUUGCUCGUGCUGUGUUGUUGAGACGUCACCCAAUUCUUCUGCAAGGCCCCACGUCGAGUGGUAAGACGUCGCUCGUGGAAUACCUGGCACAACGAACGGGGCAUCGAUUUAUGCGCAUCAACAAUCACGAGCACACUGAUUUGCAGGAGUACCUCGGUACAUAUGUGACGGACGAAACAGGGCAACUCGUCUUCCAAGAGGGCGCUCUCGUGCAGGCAGUGCGAAAAGGUUAUUGGGUUGUCCUUGACGAACUCAAUUUGGCCCCAACGGACGUCCUCGAGGCGCUGAACAGGCUUUUGGACGAUAACCGAGAGUUGUUUGUACCCGAACUUCAAGAAACUAUACGCCCGCAUCCACACUUCAUGCUCUUUGCGACGCAGAAUCCGCCAGGCGCGAUAUACGGUGGGCGUAAAGUGCUGAGUAAGGCGUUCAGAAAUCGCUUCAUGGAGCUUCACAUCGGAGAUAUUCCGGAUGAAGAGCUCAAGACUAUUUUGAACACGCGCUGUGAAAUUGCACCUUCGUACUGCGUCAAACUCGUUGAGGUAAUGCGAGAAUUACAAAGAAGACGCCAAGGCUCGAGAGCAUUCGCUGGUAAAGAUGGUUAUAUAACCGCAAGAGAUCUGUUCCGAUGGGCAAAUCGCCAGAGUAAUGGAUAUGAAGAGCUCGCGGCGGAUGGUUUCAGAGUCCUCGGUGAGCGGCUUCGAAGCGAUUCAGAACGCAACUCGAUUCGCGAAGUGCUUGAGAAGUGUCUGAAGGUCCCGUCUCUUGUGGAAAGCACGCUUUAUGCGUCCGCGCAAGAAGGUGUUCUCGAGAAGAGUUUGUUGGAUGCGGCCUCGCAAGCGCAAAAGAUGGGUGGUUUAGAAGCCGCAGAUGCCGCCGCCUUGGCGGAGACGAUCGCUUGGACCCCUGCGAUGAGGCGUCUCUUCGCACUGGUCGAAGGAUGCAUGAAUCACAAAGAACCCGCGCUACUCGUUGGCGAGACGGGGUGCGGUAAGACAUCCGUAUGCCAGCUUUUGGCGCUACUCAGAGGGCAGAGGCUUCGGAUUCUGAACUGUCACCAACACACUGAGACGAGCGACUUCAUCGGUGGUUUCAGACCGACAAGAACUUCCGAGCGAAAAGACAUGAUGGAUGAAGGCAAAGUUGCGGCUCCUUUUGCUUGGGAGGACGGGCCACUUAUUCAAGCGAUGCGCGAGGGAGAUAUAUUGCUCGUCGAUGAACUUUCGCUCGCGGAAGAUUCCGUCCUUGAGCGCUUGAACUCUGUGCUGGAACCGGGUCGUUCUAUCACUCUCCCUGAAAAAGGUGGCGCCGAAGUCGAGGAGCUCACGGCACAUCCUAACUUCUUGAUUCUUGCGACGAUGAACCCUGGGGGUGAUUUUGGAAAGAAAGAACUCUCACCCGCUCUCAGGAACAGAUUCACCGAAAUUUGGAUUGGAAGUGUUGGCACGGCCAGCGAGAUGGAAAAUAUUGUCGCCAAGAGGAUGUGCGAAACGUCUGUCGCACCGUUUGCAGCGCACCUCGCACAAUUCUGGGAAUUCUACCAUGAAAAUGCCGGAAGUUCCACUGCCCGAGCUGCGCUUGCGGUUCGCGACUUGAUUGGCUGGGCGAACUUCAUACGCGAGAUGGUAGAUAAUUCUCGCCGUGCGCCACUGAGCCCAUCAGAGGCGUACGCGCACGGCGCGUAUCUUACGCUCCUAGAUGGUCUGGGACUCGGCCUAGGCAUGCCGGAAGAGUCCGCGAAACAAAUUAAGGCGAGAUGUUUGAGCUUUUUACAUGGGCAGCUUUCUGAACAGGAUCGCGCCUCUCUCGCUUUUGCGGCCGCGCCGGAGGGCGACACCGCAACAAGCUUCGAUGUGGAUACCGACGGUUUUUUCGGUGUGCACCCGUUUAAGAUAAAGUGCGGUCAUCACAUGACCGAAAAAGGUGGGUUCGCGCUGUCCGCGCCUUCGACAAAAAAGAACGCUGCGAGAAUUAUGCGUGCGAUGCAGUUGCGCAAGCCCAUCCUUCUUGAAGGUAGUCCAGGGGUGGGAAAGACGUCAAUCAUCUCGGCGCUCGCCGCAGCAUCUGGCCACAAGCUCGUUCGUUUAAACCUCAGCGAGCAGACGGACAUGAUGGAUUUGCUCGGUGCCGAUUUACCAGCCGCAGGUGGCGCCGCGGGUGAGUUCGUUUGGUCAGACGGAGCAUUCUUGGCGGCGCUGAAAGCUGGCGAUUGGGUACUGCUUGAUGAAUUGAAUCUUGCACCGCAACCCGUUCUUGAGGGGUUGAAUGCAGUUUUGGAUCAUCGAGCCGAAGUUUUCGUCCCUGAAUUAGGCCAGACGUUUCGAUGUCCUCCAACUUUCAGAGUGUUCGCUGCGCAAAAUCCCGUGCAAGAGGGCGGUGGACGGAAAGGUUUACCGAAAUCAUUCUUGAACCGUUUUACACGGGUGCACGUCGAACCGAUGUGUGCGGACGAUUUGAACUACAUAUCCUUAGCGCUUCAUCCUGAAAUUCCCGUUGAGAGCGUUUCUUCCAUGGUACGUUUCAACGCAUCGCUCGCGCAAGCGGCGAGCGCACCAGGUGGAUCAUUUGCUCGCGCUGGAGCACCGUGGGAGUUCAAUUUGCGUGACAUCUUGCGCUGGUGCGAUCUUGCCGAGAGGUCGACUACUUUAGAGCCUCGCGUCGCUGUAGAGCGCCUAUUUGGUACGUUAUUCUUGCAAAGACUGCGUACGCACGUCGACCGUGAGCAAUGUUCAAAGUUCUUUAUGGACGCCUUCGGCCAUAUGCCGCCAGAGGUGAACGGCAGGCAUCUCUUCGUCGAAGGCGAACAGCUGUGUGUCGGUGAUGCGCGCGUGAAUUGCGGAGAGACGAAGUUGAGUAAUAUCGAUGACGCGAAAUAUAGUUUGCUUCCUGGGCAGCUCGGCGCCUUAGAGGCUGUUGCACAUUGCGUGCAGCGUGGCUGGAUGUCCAUACUCGUCGGCGGCACCGCGAGUGGUAAAACAACAAUCGUGCAAAUGCUGGCUGCACUUUCCGGGAACCGUCUGAGACAAGCAACGUUGACAGCGGCGACGGAUACGAGCGAGCUCCUCGGGUCGUUUGAACAGCGUGAUCCCAGUCGAGAUCGAGCUGCAGUCGAGGAAGAUAUAUUCCAGGCAUUGAAAUCAAGCUGCGGAGAAAGAACCACGUGGUUGAAUAUCGAGCUAUUCGACACGCUUUGGACAGCGUGGGAGCGUUACAGGUCACGCAUGCGAACGAGCGUGGAUAUGUCAGGCGCCGAUUCAUACACGGCUCUCAUGGAUGUACUGAGAGCUCUCUACAGUAUUGACGGUGGUGCCUUCUCGACAGGUUUGAAGGAGAGGGUUGAAAACAUUGGUCAACGUGCGUGGGCGCCAGGACCUUCACCUGAUGCAGGAAAGUUCGAAUGGGUCGAUGGAGUCUUGCUCAAUGCCGUCAUGAAUGGUGAAUGGGUACUUCUUGAGAACGCGAACUUGUGUUCACCGACCGUCCUCGAUCGGCUGAACCCGCUCCUAGAACCCGAAGGAUUUUUGUUGGUGAACGAAUGCGGCCUGAUUAAUGGCAAGCCUCGUGUCGUCAAGGCUCAUCCAAACUUCCGUCUUUUCCUGGCCAUCGACCCGAGGCAUGGCGAAAUUUCCAGGGCGAUGAGAAACAGAGGCGUGGAGGUUUUUCUUCUACCUCCUGAGGGUGCGUCGGCGUCUGCGCACGAUGUUGCACUUCCAUCACCGUUGCGAAUGCCGCCCGCUGAUCCCACAGUUGAAGAUGAUAUCACCAAAAUUCUCGAGUCCGUUGGUGUUCCGGGUGGGUUCGCCCAGUCAAUCAUGGUACAAGCGCACUCUUCGUUUGGAGAUCGCACGUCUAGGCCAGGUUUGAAGGCGGUGUCAUCGCGAUUACUCGCAGAGUGGGGAACGUUAGCGCAAGAAUUGCUGUCACGUGGCCAUGACGUCCAAGUGGCUCUUUGGUCGAGUUGGAGCCAAGUUUACAUGCGCGGCGAGUCAAACGAGACAAUUCGCGCGGUUGCCCGCAACGCGUUUCAGUCUGCAUGUGCGAGCGCGUUCGAAUCUUUGCGAAAACUCGCCACUGGUGAGCCUGUUGUCGAAGAUGUGACUGCGAGAUCUGUCAUGUACCAGCCGAUGUGUUGGCCGAACGCUAGCAUCGCAAACGAGGCAUUGAUGUACGGCUCACACGAUACGGAGAGUCAGCACAAAUCGCAGACCGCACUUUUCGAAGGCAUCGUUGCGCAGCUCGCGGGGCAGUUGAUAGGGGAGACAGAAUUGAGUGCACUUUCACCUUUCAUUACUGGCGCUUUGCCAGUGAGUGCAACCAUGCGCCGAAUCGGAAUCACCGUUCACCACGAAGCCAUGAAGAGCGAUGGAAGUACUAUAUCGAACUUGAUUGUCACGUUGAAAGCAAGCGCGCGACAGAUUCUGGAUGACGUGAUCAUUCGUGGUGAUUUGCACAAUCUGGACGGUGUUGCAAUGAGGCUAUCAACCUUUGCGCAUUUCACUCAAGUUGACUCUCUUCCGGCUGUUAAGGAUGAGGUGCUGUCCACCGUCAACGCGUUGAAUGCGAUCAAAGAACACCCGUUCAUGGUAUCCGCGCAUGCAGGCGAUUCGACUUUGCGAUCGAUGGUCAUCCGAGGGGCAUUGCAACGGGCAUCAACAGAAUUACAUGCACAGCGCAGCGCCGAGGCGUAUGGAAUGAACGCCUCGUCAUGCUUGCAACUAUCCAUUCAGCGCAAUGAAGAUGACGUUGCACGAACGCGAGCAGCUCCUGUACACGCUUGUGUAGAUGUGAUAAGCGUUGUUCUUGGUAACUUUGCGCGGUUCGAGGACGCUGUUCUUAGACUCGUGUGCGCUGUGGACAAGAACUUCUCAUCGCACGAGUACGCGCUUCUGAGCGAAUUUCAGGAUUGGCGCAUAGGCCUAGAAAACCUAGCCGUGGCCUCGAGAGCUGAUUUAUUCAAGAUUGACCCGACAUCCGGCCUCGUGGCGUCAGCUGACGUUGUGGAAGCCAUGGCGGUGGUGUGGAUGAAAGUUCGCGAGAUGUUAUCGGCAACGCAAAACUUGGAUGUCGACAUGGACUCUUUGAGCGUAAUCAUGGAGCAAGUGAGAAACGCCGCGGGUUUCAUGGAUGCGGCACUCGAGAUACCGGCCGGUAAACCCAUCGAUCCACUCCUAUGGAAGCAUGCGGGACGGCCUUCUAUUCCAAAGACUGAGUUCCUUCUCAAGUUAGAAACAAGCGUACGAGACAUCUGCCACGCUCUUCAAGUUAGAUCAAGUGUCGCGACAGAUCUUGAUCUAGCGUUGAACAGACGCAUGUAUGACACGAACAGCGCGAAUAACGAUGCGACGUUUUCGGCUGCAUGCGCCGCGCUCGGAGCUGGUGUCGCCUUGCGCUCAGCAGCUUUGGAAGGGUUAUGCUUCUUCGCUUGGACGCACGUGGACGCGAACACCGGUUUCGUCGCGAACUCUGAAAUCGAGCUCCAAGCAAGUGAGAUUCCGAGACUACUGACUCUUAAAUGCAUCCAUCGAGCAAAACUUUCUGGCGUCGUCAUGAUCUCACAAAUGGAAGAAGAUGAAGACGCCGUAGUGAACCUACGCGAGAAGAGACACAUCUGUGACCUGCCAGUUCGAGAGCUACUGUCCUCAGCCGACAAGGAUGAGCCGUGGAAACUUGGUAAGAUUGGUGACGUAGACGUGCCUGCGUACCCGGCCACAGGUUUCCCGGCUUGGUCUCUCAAAUGGGAGUCGAUCGCUCGGCUGAACGGCGGCUUGAGUCCGAUUGCGGAGUUGUGGUCCAUCUCGUCACAAGCAAAGCUUCUCAGCAUCUUGACGUCUCGCGCGGUGCAAGGCAGAGACGACAUCAUGAGUGCAAUGGAAGCGAUGCUCGCGGCUCAAGGCAUCACGUUUGGAAUUUCAUCUUCACCACGAACGCCGGCGGACUUUGUCGCUCACCGUCAUCUUCUCUGGCUUUACGGAGACGCAUCAAAUAUUAACGUUUUCGAGAAGACCCAGGCACUGAGUGAGCACCUCCACGACAUGUGGCUUAGAUGGCACGCGUCUCAAUGGAAUAACUCCAUGGACGCGACGCCGCAUUCACUUUUACCCACAUUCAAGAAAGAGACCGCUUUUGAAAGCCCGGUAUCGGCCGUAUGGACUUCAGCCUCGGGACCGGUCAGAUUUGAACGCGCCACCGCAACCGCGUUUGGGUCAGCCAUCGUGACUGAUUCUAAAAUUGGGUGUGCGGAGCGUUUGCCGCGAAUAUUGCAAUUACGUAUGGCAUCGCGAUUGAUGCGCUUUGAGCGAGAAGAUCCAGUGAUGGCAUCACGGGAAGACUGGCUUUCGGUUGGAAGCUUGACUGCACAAGUGUUGCUUAGUCACAAAUCUUUACUGGUAGAUGACUCGGGGAGAUCUGUCGCGCUCACGAAUGCGAUCAACGCCAUGAUGAAGCUCCUGCAUACGAGUUCUGCGAAGUCCGCGCUAAGCACUGCGAACGCUCUUAUCGAGGCUUGUGCGGGUCUCUGCGAAGUUUAUCCACCUCUGGAGGAACUUCGUGAAAAGGUUCUCGAACCUCUCGUGCGCACCUUGUGCGAGGGCUCCACGCACAGAGACGUAAUGAGGAGCGCGGCUUUAUCGGGUGAACAGGGUGCACGGGAUCGUGGUCGGCGCGGGAACGCAUGGACGAUGCUCGGUUUACUCCGUCUCAACCUUCUCCUUCCCGCUGGGUUGUCUGAUCCAGCCGUCACGGUGCGUACCGAGCUGCGCUUGGCCGAGUCCAUCCUCGACGGCGAAAUGAAACCACUUGUAGGCGUCAUGACUUGGCAACGGCGCACUCCUUGUGCGCCAAGUGCCGACUACGAAAACUUGAAGGUUUGCAUCGAUCGCUGCGAUGUGUUGUCACGCGAACGAGAAAGACUAGGAAGCCUUUCGAUUCCACGUCCCAUGCCUUCGCGUUGGGUUGCCUUACGCCGCGACGUUGAGCGAUUCCGGGAAGGCUUGGCAGCGGCUCAGAGAUUGAUCAGUUUGCUAGACAAAUGUUCAGAACUGAGCCCGGACGAGAGCGCGAUGAUGGAAGCGGAAACUUGGUUGAGUUCGAGUGCGCAAUGGUGUUCGAGACUCAACGAGGAGUACUCGGCGUAUCGGGACAUGACGCAGCCCAUUCAACUGGCGGUGUACGAAAUGCGACGUGGCGUCGCUCUCGCUGCAGAUUCCGCGCGGGCUAGAGUGAAGAGCAGUGGUGAUCUUUUCGCCGCCGCUACGGCACUGUUCUCGUUCCCGACUGUCGUGAAUUCUAAAUACGAAGGUUCGAUGUCGUUGUUGCUAAGCGAGGAACGAGUGUUGCACGCACUCAGCGAGGCGGAGAACAUAUCGACGGCGCAUCUGUCAUCAAAUCCAAAGUCUGGGGAUUUAGCGUUGAACGCUCUACGCGUCGCACUCACGAGCGCUCUAUCCGAAGCCAGACUUGAUGGCGCUUUGAGCAUGAACACGUGGCAGCGUCUGAGCAAAUGUUUCACAACUUUUGCGGCUCUGUAUGAGAAUUGUCGUGAGGAAGAUCUCGAAGCCGAGAGGGAAGCGACUGAGAUUUUCAAGCAGGCCACAAAGGGACCGACUUCGUACGAAGCUGCCGAAGCGAACGACAACGCAACGGAAGAGCGCGCAUACCGCAUCGCUUUCAAAGACUUCUCAUCAGAUUACGCCGAAUUCAAGGAUGAGCCAGGUGCACCUCUCAUGCUCGAGCAUGACUGCAUUGAGGACGGCAAAAAGGAAGAAGACGAGGACGCGGACGACGAGGCGAACAUCACUCGUGCCGCCCGUAUGGCUGGCAUCUUGGAGGGUGAGCUCGCUGAGGAAUUAGUGAACGUACACUACGCUGCGCUCGCUACCCUUCGAGGUGCGCCGACGCACAUCACAGAAGAUUCAGACGAUUCAACCAGUGCUCAGGAGAAAAUUGUCCGCUCAACUCGCUUGAUGAAAUACGGGAAGUACGUUCGUAACUUGAGCAGUGAAGAAGCUCUACGAGCGUCGGAAUUCGCGCGGGCGUACGAUACAGGUAUAUCCGUUCUCAAGGCGAGCCAGUUGUCGCUUCCAGUUGCUGUUGAUUACGCGUCUCGCUUGGGACACUCUCUUCGAGUGGCGCUGGAGCACUCUGCUGUAUCGAAGCCGGCUCUCUCGAUGGAUACACUUGGUGCGUCGCCUUAUGAGUCACAGUUUUCUCUAGAAGAGGAUGACGUCAUGACUGCACGUACGAAGCGAACUCAGGUAGAACUCGACGAAGACGCUGCAGCGGACGCAAUCGAUUCUGAGAUGAACGUCGGUGGAUGUCCUGGAGAGAUGGCCUUGCUCGUUCCUCCAGUCGCGGCCGCUCGACGACGUCUAGCUGAACUGCUGGAAGAGUGGCCGGAACAUCCACUCCUCACGCAACUCGCACAAAUUUGCGAUCGUAUGCUUUCUUUGCCACUCCUUGGUCCGGUCAAGGCUGGGUUGACAGGCAUUGAACUCCUCCUCGCGCGAGCGCAAAUUUGGGAAGAAUCUGCUGCGUCUCAUACAUCGUUGAAGGAACAACUCAGCGAGUGCGCGAAACUCGCGCUUCGAUGGCGUGCGAGAGAAUUACGUACGUGGCCGAGGUUGUUAGCUCGCUGCAGCGAACGCCACGCCUCACGAGCCAAGCGCACGUGGUUCGCCGUUCGCAGAUUACUGAGCUCGAUGAAAUCGCGCGCACUACUUGGUGAAGAGGCAAGUGAUGAUGCGAACGAUAAAAAAGUCGACCUGGAAAAGUUUCAUCAAAUAACGGUGGCCCUGGAAGAGUAUUUACAGGGAUCUACCAUCGGCGAGUUCGACACUCGCCUUGAACUGAUUUGGUGCUUUUACGCGGAAUUUGAGGUGGAGAUACGCGCUUGCCGGGCGCGAGGAUCAAAAACAACGAAGCAAGACGACGCGCUAUGUGCUGUGUUGCACAACGUCUGGCGCUACUAUUCGCAGUUCCAGAAUGUCAUCGAUAAGCACGUCGAGGCGAUCCGCAAGCCGUGCGAGAUCAAACUUCGAGAUCACGCCAAGCUCGCGAAGUGGGAGGAUCGGGGUUUCCACGCCAUGAAGGUGCAGGGCGAGGCAAAUCAGAGAUCUCUGCAUAAGUUUGUGCGAGCGUUCGAUACGGCACUCAACGGAUUGGUUCUCCCAAUUCUGGAAAAGGCUGCAUCACAAACCGGGUUCAAAGAGCUCUCUUCGGAUGGUGGCGCGCAAGCUUUACCAAUGCUGGUCGGUGCGAAUGCGAAUGUGAAAGUGAAACCAUCAAACGACGAACUCGAAGUCGUUCGUUCGGCGCGCGAAGCGGGAGCUGAAACUAUGCGGCAUGCCGAGCUCGAUUCUCUUCGAAUGCACCGGCAAACUUGGGUUGCAGCUUGCGAUGAAGCAAAUACGCAAACGAAGCAGGCUGUUGCUUUCGCGUCACAAGUUGCGCAACAAAUCAAAGACGAGCAAAAGUUCGCCAUCGCCGACGAGGACGAGAAUUUGUAUCAAUCUCGUCUACCGUCACUCGUCAAACGAGCCGGAGAUAUUCUUGGCGACGCUCUGAACGGCGAAGAAGGUUACGAUGUGCGCUCGGCCGGAGCUGAGUCUCUUGAUGACUUCGCUGUGACCAUCGCGAGUCGCGCAAAUGCGCUUCGUGACGACAAGGCUGCAAAGAAGGCUAUCAAGAAGAAAGCACUGCAAGAUUUGCUCAAGGCACUGCCAGCGAUGGGAAUCAAGCACUCACGAGGCGCCGUUCCCGCUGAAUAUCGCACCGCGGCGGCCUGGUUCACCGAAGCCGCGAUGAAGCACCCACGCUGUCUUUCUGUACUUGGUCAAGAUACCGUCGAUACUUUCCACACGGCUGACAAGUACUAUUAUCGUUCCAUGGCUCGAAUUCAACGACUUUGGCGAGUGCAAGGGCUGCAAAACCCAGAUUUGACGAGCCGAGAGAUGGAGAUCGCCACUUUAUCGUGCGAGCACCUGUUACACAUUUUACGUUUGCAGCGAUUGACGAUUUCGGCAGCCGCUGAGGCAGAAGCUGACAUUGAUGUGGCGUACGUAUCGCUCCUUGCUGCAAGCGAACGAGCCGCUCUUCCUUCACAACAAUUUAGCGAGUCCUACUUGAUAGAGCAGUACGAUCUUGUCGCUCGAUUCGAAGCCGCGUGCAUCGAUGUGAGCUUGGUCAACAGAGCAGUGUGCGCCGCCGAGCCGCUUGCAGAGUUGAAAACCAUGACGCCUGCGGUUACGAAGGCUUUGAACGAGUGCAAACAAGUGGCGCGUCGCUCUCGCGCACGACUCGAGCCUUUCGUAGUGUCUACGCUCGAGUGUGCUGAUUUGCGAGUCGGAAAAUUGCGACCUUCUUCGAAGGCUUGGCGAUCCAGCGCCAUCACUUCGGACGCGGCUUUGGACGCGAUUCGGGCAAACUUCAACGACUUUAAGGGCCUGAAAGAAGUACUCACAACUGCGCAAAACGAGGCUCAAGACAAACUGCACUCUGGCGAGAUUGGUCUACACGGCGCGAAUGCUCUACCGGGUUGGGAUUUCUUGCGCUCCAUUGUCGAGGCGGAUGUCGAGAGACAAGAGAGUGAUUUCAACCGCGGUGUCUAUCACAUGGAAAAAUCUUUUGACGCUGAUGAAUCCAUUUCCAGACAUCUCGAAAGUUUGCGCGAGAACAUCGAGAACGUGGUGCAAUCGUCUCUCCUCUGGGUUCAAGGCGUCGAUGCAGCGUCGAAACCGAUUAUGGUGAAGCGUGAAAUCGUCGAUGAGGGCGAAGAUGAAGAGGAGGAAGCCGAUGGUACAAUGGAGACGUACGAAGCCGCAGUUGGCGGCGCACUGAAUCCGAAGCGACUCGAUCGUCUUGUGUGCGCCGUUCGCGAUGUCGUACGUGAUGUGAAGAUCGUUGUCGACCAGGCGACAGAGAUAAAUCAAAGGGAAUGGUCUCAGUACGUCGUCGCGCGCGUCGGCGCCUUGGCCCCGCUCCUCGGAUUGCUUCGAAGCGCCGUGAGAACGGUUCUCCGAGAAUACAUCAACUUCCACAAAUCUUCGUGCAAACUCGAAUCUGUACUCACUGCAUUGUUCCUUGGAUUAUCCACUGAAGGCUUCUGCAUUCCGCCGGAGGAGACCGAGGGCGAGGCUGGAGGAGGCAUGAUGGAUGAUCAAUCUGGUACCGGCAUGGGUGCCGGCGAAGGCAAGAAGGACGUCGCGGACGAAAUCGAGAAUGAGGAUCAAAUCAUGGGCAUGGAAGAUCUCGAAAAGGAGGAAGAGGAAGAGAAAGAGAAAGGCCGGGGCGAGGAGGAAGACGAGGGCGGUAUUGAGAUGCAAAAUGAGUUCGAAGGGAUCACGGAGGAUGUGGAUCCUGGAGAUGACAACGAAGAGAAGGAAAAUGGCGAGCAGGAAAUGGAAAAGGAAAUGGGCGAGGACGGAGACGACGGAGAUGUCAUCGACGAGCGCAUGUGGAAUGACGAGGACGACAUGGAAGAAAAUAAAAACGAAGCGCCGGAGAAAUAUGAGAAGGGUUCGAGCGUGAAACAGGAUGAUACGCAAGAAACCGAGACGCGCGCCGCAGAGGACGAGGAGAACGACGGCAAGACGCCGAAGGAACCCGAAGGCGAGGAAAAGGAGAAAGAGGAAAAGGAAGAUCCGAAACAAAAUGAUCAGUCCGCUGCACCCGAAGACGACGAGGGUGCGGUGAAUGACGAGGAAGUGGAGGAAAAUCACGGACUCAACCCGAACAAGCCAGAGCCGGAGGAGUUCCAAAUGGAUGAUUUGAACUUUGAAGAAGAUGAAGAGGGAGAGGAAAACGCCGACGACGCGAACGACGAGUCCAUGCGCGAUGAUGACGCCGAAGAAACGGGAGGUGAUCAAGAGGAGAAUAUGGACGGGGGUGAAAAAAAUCUGGACGGUGAAGGGGAAAUGAACGACGACGGUGAUGGCGGUAUCACUGAGGAAAUCAUGGAUGUCGAUGACAAGGAUGAAGACGGUGGUGACGACGAAAAUGAUCUCGCCACCGACGACGUUGCCGAUGACGCCAACGUCGCAGAAGACGCUAUGGACGAAGAUGGGGAGGAUGGCGGUCCCAAGGGUCAAGGAACUGGCGGGGGUGGCGACCAGGAUGUCACUGAGACGCAGGGCCAAGGUGGGGAAACAGGUGCCAACGCUCAAGGAUCUGAAGGUCAAGGAGAAGAGCAGACAAAGUCGCAACCGCAGAACACCGCAGAUGCGCAUAUGAGCGCGCCACAAAACGAUGAUGGCAGUCAGCUUCCCCCACCGCAAUCUUCUACGGACAUACCGAGCUCUGGUGCAGAUGGCGAGGGUACUGGAGCGGGCGUGAGCGGCGGCGAAGGCACGGUUGCUCCCAUGGCUGGCAGCUCCGGAGGAGAUCAGAACAAGAAGACUCCACCGCCAUCGCAACGACAGCAAGAAACAAACCCUCACCGAUCAUUAGGCGAUGCGUUGAAGAAGUGGCGCGAACGCCUGAAUGUUGUCGGAGAUGCGGCAGAACACGAAGACGUCGCCGAUCAGGGAGGCGCUGAUGCGGGUGCGGAAGGUAACGAGUACGAAUUCGAGAGAGACGCCGAUAAGGGUGGCAUGGACGAUGAUGAUGCCAACGGCGAAGGUGGAAUUCAAACUCUGGCCAAUGCUACCGAGGAACAAGCGCUCAGACACAAUCUGAACGAAUCCAAAGAUGACGACGACGAUACCAACGACAACCUCGAACAGAUGGAGAUGCAGGAGGAUAACCGCGUCGAUGCGAACAACGAAGGAGACCAAGGCCCUGGCGAUGGAGACAACGAAACUGACAAAGUUCCUUCUGCGGCUGCUGCGGCGAAGCAGCGCAAGAAGAAUGACUCGUCGAAGAAGGAUAUGGUCGGGAAGGAUCCGCAUGCGGCGGCAAUCGAAGCUGAAGAGGAUGUGGACAACGAAGAGAUGGUCGAUGCUGACGCAGUUCCUGACCGCGAAGGCAAAGGCGGCGAUGAAUCGAAGAUUGCACUGCAGCUCGAAUAUACUUCACUGGACGGUUCGAACGAGAAGACGCGUGAGCUCACCGCCGAGGACGUCGAGCGCGCUCGAAUGGAGGCUGAGCAGAGCCUCACGCAAUGGCGAGAAAAGGCAUCUGAUGAUCGUGGAAACGAAUCGAGUGCGCAAAAUCUUUGGAGAAAGUUAGAGCAGCUCACGACGUCGCUCUCGGCCGAGCUCGCGGAGAAACUUCGUUUAAUCUUGGAGCCUACGCUCGCAAGUCGUCUCCAAGGCGAUUUCAAGACGGGCAAGAGAUUGAACAUGCGCAAGAUCAUCCCUUACAUCGCGAGCGAUUUUAGGAAGGACAAAAUAUGGUUGCGUCGAUCGAGACCAUCGGCCCGCAAAUAUCAAGUCAUGCUUGCGAUCGAUGACUCGCGAUCGAUGGCGGAGAACCAUUGCGGCCACAUCGCGCUCGAAUCCAUGGUCCUCUUGGCGCGCGCCAUGGCGCGCUUGGAAGUCGGGGAAAUCGGCGUCGUUGGUUUCGGAGCCGGAGCGAACGCGGUCCGAACGCUCCACCCGCUUGGUGCUCCGUUUACCGACCAAGAUGGCCCGUCACUUGUGAGCAAGCUGUCGUUCGCCGAGGACAACACCUUGGCGGAUCGACCGAUGGUCCAGCUCCUUGAGACCAUCAACGCGCGACUGGCCGUCGCUAGAGAACAAAUCCGCGGCGGCGGUACGAAACUCCAACAACUCGUUCUUAUUAUCGCAGACGGUCGUUUCCACGAGAAGGAAGCCCUGAGGAGGUGCAUGCGAGAAGUUGGCGCGCAACGCGGCUUGCUCGUCGCCUUCAUCGUGUUGGACAAUCCGCAAAACAGUCUGCUGAAUAUGCAGAGCGUGUCGUUCGCCGGCGGUAAGCCGGUGAUGAAGAAAUAUCUUGAUUCAUUUCCAUUUCCAUUUUACGUCCUGGUCCAGGAUGUGUCGCAGUUACCCGCGACGAUUAGCGAUCUGUUGCGUCAAUGGUUCGAGAUGACAUCGAGCCACGAUUGA